ACUAAUUUAUGAAAAUUAAUUAUUUAAUAACAAUUAGAUUUGAGUGACAGAAAAAUAAAUUUUUCAAUUUUAUUUUCUUCAUUAUGGUGGUGAAUUGGUGAAACUGUUUCAUUUUAAAUUUAUCCCGGGAAAACAAUUACUAUAUUUUUGUUUCGAUUUCGCAAAGAUCUUUAUUGAAGGUUGUUGUAAAAAGACAAACUUCACUUUAUGUCAUUAUUUUUAAGUUUUUGGCUACAUUCUUGAAAUUAAAUUAACUUUCUAUAAUGUUUUCACGAGCUAAAUUAAAACAAUUUAGAUAUAUUUUUAGAUAAACAAUAUUUUUUUAAAAACAUUUUUCAUUGAAAAAAUGGAGCAAAUAUUUCGAAAAAAAAUUAAUAUGAAAAGGAAAUUUUACAUGAAAUAAAUUUUUUUUUAAUUAUGAACCUUCCUCCUUUAUUCAAUGAGAGCUUCCCCUCUUUUAUUAAAGAGCAAAUAGAUAAUUGCACCAGUGUUUUUUGGUAUCAUCCUGAAUUUUCUCAAAGUCGAUAUCCACCGGGACAAAAAAAAAGUGAAGCUUGUACUUUAAUUUGUUUACUUCUAGCUCAACGGAUAAGUGAAAGAAAAUUAAAAAUUUUAAGAGUAGAAAAAUGUUUAGAAUUAAAUAUUUUAAUGGCAGAAGCAAUAAUUGAAGGGAAUAAAAUGCAUUCGUUGAUUUUAAAUAAAGGAAUAAUUUCACAUCCAUAUUUGAAUACAGUCGAAGCUCUCGUUUAUGGAGGGGAUAAUUUAAAUAAAUUAAAAGAAUGGAUUGGUAUAAGCAUCCGAGAUCUGAAAAUUUAUUUAUGCUUCUUAUCACAUGUGGUCGAACAAUUAUUUUUAUUUUUCAAAAUCAAAUUAACAAGGUUUUAUUGUUCGAUUCACAUGCUCAUAAUAAUUUUGAAAAUAAAUUUGGAUUGAUUGUUGCGGAGACUACAAUAGAUAAUUUUGAAGUUUUAUGUCACUGGUAUAUUGAAUCAAUUUUGCAUGGAUGUUAUUAUGCUUUUUCAAAUCAAUAUGAAUUAGCAUUUUUAUAUGAACGAGAAAAUGGAAAACAAUAUUUAAAAUCAUGUAACUGCAACAAUAGAGGUCAUAAAUUAGAUACAAAAAAGAAAAUGAAUAAAUAAAUUAAAUAAAAUGCACUGGGUUUUUUUUCAAAAAAAAAAAAAGAAAAUUGUUAGAAACAUUUUUCUAUUUUCUAAAUUGAUUUAUUUCAAUCAACUAUA